CCACGCCUCUUUCAGACGAAUUGUUUUGCCGACAAUAAAGAUGGCGAAUGGACCCGCGUAAAUUGGAGGUCUCCGUUGAGGUAGUAAGACUGAACAAACGCGGGUUUUUUCACGUUUCAGUGCUUGUAAUAUACAUGUGUUACUGAGCAAUAGAUGAUAAAGGUAUAAAAGGGGUGAAUGCAUGUCCGCCGCGUUUUGUAGUCCACUUUCCAGCGAGCGCGGCCUAGCUUUUAGGCAAAGCCUCAGUGUUUCCCGAGUCGCCGUCACCGGUCAGUUGACUGCGAACUGGCGUAGAGAGACACAAGACUGGAAUGUGCUGGCUGUGGAGGGUCUAAGUGAAAAGGAAGGGGGUGUGUUUGUGUAUAUUAACGAAAGGAGGCGGGAAUUAGUUUAGCUUACAGUUUGUUACCGGCUUAAUGAAUGACGGACUUUUCAUUUAUAAUCCCAAUGCUAAUAUUUUUCCUGAGUUAGUCGCACUUUGAGUUUGUUCCUUGAUCUUCCUGGUUGGAGUCUGUCUGGAAUUCACGCAAGGUCCUUAUGCUAAUUUCAGGGCUGCCUACAUCCCAAAACAAGAAAAAGAGCUGACCAAGAGGAAGCCAUGGCAUAUGAGGAGUUAAAGGAGAUGGGGGCAGACGGGGGCCUCGUUGCUGGGCGUAGUCAGAGGGAGAAGAGGAGAUCCUACAAGGAUCUGUUGCGAGAGGAAGAAGAGAUCGCUGCAGAAGUACGAAAGUCCUCCAAGAAACGCCCAAAGGAUUCAGAGCUUUUCAUGCUGGGAGGAGACCUGCACAAGAAGAAGAAGAAGCACAGUGACGACCACUAUUACCGAGAUCACGACGGUUUAGGCCCGCCUCCUCAUAAGAAGAAGCAUAAGUCAGCAGAGCGCUCUCCRCCUCUGUCCUCCCCUUCCUCGUCUCACCCGGCGGACACGGCGAUGGGCCUCCUGCAGGCCAUCACCUCCCCCAUGGCGACGGGCUCUGACCCCAGCCCCCACCUGCACAAGAAGCCUUCCUACCCAACGUUCUCCUCGCAUUCCUCCAAGGACCGCAAACGCGAGGGCAGCGGCGGCGGGAGCAAAGGGAGCCACUCUUCGUCGCACUCCCGCCCCAUGUCUCUGUCGUCGUCGUCGUCGUCCUUCAAGAAGCACUCCUCUUCCUCCUCCUCGUCCAAGUCGUCCCUGUUCCACGGCGGCGCUCCCAAAGAGGAGCCGCUGACGCUACGCGAGGCCGACGGGCUGAAGAUGAAGCUCAUCAUGUCGCCGGAGAAGGAGGAGCCCGAGAGCUUCCCGGUGACGCCGCACCCGUCCAAGGUCAGCGUGAAGAAGGAGAAGGACAGAGACAGGAUGCAGCCGACCAAGUCGCCCAAGAAGAAGGCGGCGCAGAGCAGAGAGCCGCUGCCCGUGGUGGGGAAGGAGGUGGAGGUGGAAGGUCAUUACGGAGGAGGCGUGGGAGACGAUAGCUCAUCAUCUGGUGGAGAACUGGAGGCUGGGGAGCUGAUCAUAGACGAUUCAUAUACGCACAUGUCCAAAAAGAAGAAGAAGAGCAAGAAAAGCAAGAAGAAGAAAGACAAGGAGAAGGACAGAGACAAGGACAAAAGUGGAAAGGACAAGAAGCACAGCAAAAGUUUUGGAGAAUCGUCGAGAAGCCACAGUCACUCCCAUCCUACUGUCAGCCAUAGUGCCGUCGGGCCGAUGUACGCCAUGAGCAAACCCAUCACUCCCCACCACCAAGGCCAUGACGGAACGACAGAGAAGAAGAAGAAGAAAGAGGAUAAAGACAGAGACAAACACGAGAAGGAUAAAGAAAAGACCAAGAAGAAGACAACGACAGCGUAUCAGGUGUUUUGUAAAGAGUACAGGGUAAACAUAAACGCAGAGCAUCCAGGUUUAGAUUUUGGAGAGCUAAGCAAGAAGCUGGCCGAGGUGUGGAAGGCCAUGCCUGAGAAAGACAAACUAGUGUGGAGGCAGAAGGCCCAGUAUCUGCAACACAAACAGAACAAAGCCGAGGCCACCACUGUGAAGCAGAAGUCCUCCAGCGACAGCAAAACCAAAGUCGUAGGAACGGCGGCGGGCCUGGUGUCGCCAACCAGAACGCCCGGCACCAUGUCGCUGUCCCCGGCCCGGGUGCCGGACGUCGACCCCAUCGACGCGGCGGCUCACCUGCAGCUGCUGGGGGAGUCCCUGUCGCUCAUCGGCCACCGGCUGCAAGAAACAGAAGGGAUGGUGGCAGUGUCUGGGAGUUUGUCCGUUCUUCUGGACUCCAUCUUGUGUGCGCUCGGCCCGUUGACGUGCCUCACAGCGCAGAUACCGCAGCUAAACGGAUGCCCUCGAAACGUCCUGUCAAACACCUUGGACAACAUCGCCUACAUCAUGCCCGGACUGUGAGGAUCCGGAACUGGAGCAACCAAACUCCGAUGCUUUUACAAACCCUCAAAGUUUAACUUAAGCCACUGCUUGGCAUCGGGAAAUCUAGAUAUUUCUAGUUUUGACGUGUUUUUAAAGUGUAUUUUUUUAGAUGAUGUCUCCUAACUUUGUAAUUGCUGUUUUUAAAUGAGACCUUUUUAUUGUACAUGUUUUGCUGUCUGUCUGUUUUAUGAGCGCUUGAAUGAAACGAGCUGUGUUGAAUGAAAGGGAGUGUUUUCUCAUAAUAGGAUUCCAAUUGUAUGAUUGUGUUGGGUUUUUUUUUCUUCCUACUUAUUCAUGUAAAAAUUCAAUGCGUUUUUUCUGCUCAUCACUCUAGGAAAUAUUUCCCACAUGUGAAUAUUGACCGUGUUUAAAGUACUUGUUUUAUACUGAAGUCAUUUUAAAAGUGUGUGCAGCUUUUGAGUUCUCACUGUUCAGACAUUGAGGAAAUGUUGGACAAAAACGCAACUCUUGGUGCAACUUCAUCCAAAUGAAGAGCUUUUCCAGGGUUUUCAGUUUAAAACUGAGCAACAAGGCAACAUUAAACCGUUUCAGAGACGUG